ACUCUGUACAUUAUACUAGUAGUUCAUUUAAAUGUGAAUAACCCCUUUAAGCCAUCUAAAAUGGGAGUUUGGAAGUUGUGAAUCGGUACUUAGAAGGUUAAUCUGGCACAUUGUGCAAUAUUUUCUCCAGCAGCUCCCCUCCCUGCUCAGCUAGACUGUCAUUAUUUCUGCUUUCCAGCUCUGAAACGAAAGUGAAAGCUGAGGCUCUGAAAUUCACUGCUGCACAGCCGGCGAGGAAGAUUUUCAGACUAAGACAAUGGAGGGUGAGGCAAGUUUUGUGCAUGUUGAUGGCACCAACAACCAACUAAUAGAUGAAGAUGAAGAUCGUAUGAGGACUGAGAUAAAGAAGAUGAAGGAUCAGUGCACAGCCCUUACAAAAGAUGCAGAUAAAUAUGAAAAAGAAAAGGCAGAUGCAUUGUUGUUUACAAAGAAACUGCAAGAAAAGGUGGAUAACCUGCAGAAGUCGAUCACAGAAGAGGAAGCACAUCUCAAAGAGAGAGACAAGACAUAUCAGAAAAAUAUUAAAUCCAUAUGGGAAGAGAACCAGGGUCUGAAAAAGCAAAAAGAAGAAUUAGAGAAGGCAAUAGAUGAAGUUAAAGAAAAUAUUCAAAAUUUGUCAAAGGUCUCUUCUGCUGGCACAGAGAGGAAAAUGUUUUUUAAGGGCAAAUCUCUUAACAAGAUACCAGAAAAUGGGUUGAUGGUCAAACACCGGAUUGUCUAUCCUCUACAAGGGGGAACUGUACUCAUUACCUUUGAGAAACCAGAAGUUGCCAGAAAUAUAAUUCAAAAGGAACAAAUUGAGGUUACAAUUGAGGAAUGUCGGGUGUUUGUGCAAGCCAAGCCUGUGGAACUCAUGUUACUGGAGAGCAUUAAUGUGGAUAUGAGCCUAAGCAGAAAGAAAAUUUUGAUUUCUAAUCUUCCACCUUCCUUGCCUGAAGAAAACCUCUUGGACAAACUAGAACUUUUCUUCUCUAAGGCUAAGAAUAAUGGUGGCGAAGUGGAAAACAGAGAGUUUCUUUCUGAUUCCAGGAAUGUAAUCCUGACAUUUUACAAUGAGGAAGUUGUUCCACAGUUGCUAGAGAAAAAGAAAUUUAAGGUACCUUUUGGUAAUUUCACCCAAGAAGUUCAUGUAACGCCUUCCCUGGAUGGCAACAUCAAACAAUUCAAGAUGAAGAAUGUUGAGUGUAACAGAACUGUCCUGAUCACAGGGAUCCCAGACAUAAAGAAUGUUGAUGACCUACGGGAUCUGCUAGAGAUCUACUUUCAGAAACCAAGCAAUGGAGGCGGUGAAGUGGAGGGCCUACUUUAUUGCCAAGAAGGACAGCAAGCUGUGGCUAUAUUUGAAGAUGAUGAUGAAGCUUAAGGGAUAGGUUUAGCAAAGUCCAAGGAACUUUCUUAUUUUUUCCUCUAUUCAUCUCACAAUAAAUCAGAAAGCAGUCACGCUUCUAAAACAAAGAGUUCAUUACUCACAUUUAUUAUUAUAUUGUAUCUCAGGCCAGUUAUUCCUGAAAAUGUAGGUCAAGUUGCUCAACAUUUCUAUUGGAAAGGAUUUGCUAACCCUGCUCAUCAGAGCAGUAUUGAAUUUUUCCAUAAAGGGAUACUGGCAUGCCCCACUGGCACAUAGAACUGUUUAAAAACCGUGAGAAAUGCAUUUAUAGUCAAGAUCAAUAACUGGAGAUGUCUUCUCCUUUGUUUAAUCAGCCCCUAAGUGUUCCCACAUAAACUAAUUUUACUAUGGGACAAGGAUUCCAUUCUUCGAGUUCAGCUAUGGCUCAAUUAUUUUUACUAAAAAUAUUGAAUAAAUGGAGAUAACUAUGCUUAAAUAACAAGAAUCAUGAAGAUGUUUUAAUGAUGAUAUUUAACUGAAAAGGAUGAUAUUUAACUGGUAGAAUCAAACAUCUAUUUGUAAUACAUGAAGUCAUAAUCCAUACUUAGACAUAUAUCAUAUUAAUACAAAUAUAUUGUAUCGCCAUUAAUGAAGAAGUAAAUAAUGUUUCUAAAAAUAACUCAAUGUUAUUGCUCAUUUACAGACAGGUACAACAGAACAGCCUGGAAGCAAAGUCAUUGUUAAAGUAAUUUUAGAUGAGGUAGUAAAAUCACUGAAAUCCCAUUAUGGACACACUGCUUGGAUAAGUUGGAAUUAAAUUUCUUCUUUUCUUAGUUUGUCGAACAGAAGUGAUAGUUUGAUUAAUAUUGAAUAAUGCUGAUUAAAACUUUGUCUGUAAAAAGUAAAA